AUACAAUCAUAUAUGAUGACGGACUCAAUGGUGAAAUCUAGAUAUAAGAUGACCUGUUUAAAAUGGUUGGAUUAAAAAUUCUAUAUGUUUAUAUAACCGGAUGUAUAGCUUAUUUACAUGCUGGAACUGUUGAGAGAAUAUACAUACGUGACAACAAAGCAGCAUUGAAAAGCAGUAAUAUACAGCUCGUGUGUGAGAUAUCACAGUUUAGUAGUUCUGUAACAGUAGAGGUCUACAAGAGUGACACUAGUCUUCCUUCCUCACUUGCUGGUAUCAACUCGAUGACUGUAUGUUCUCAAUCAUUAUGUCUGACAACAACUAUUGGUAGAUAUACAUUUAGUGCUGACAACAGUAGCGUCUACAUCAACAUAACCAGUGUCAACAGAUCGGCGGAUCAGAAAUGGUGGACAUGUUCAAUUAUAAAUCAAAGAAAGGAUCUGUUGUUGAAUGUCAUAACUGUACCAACAUCACUUCAGUAUGAAAAUCCUCCGAGCCAGAACCAAGAUCUCGCACUAAAUGCAGUGCAACUUAAAUGUAGUACAGGAUGUUCCUAUCCGCAACCAUCAUUUACUUGGUAUUAUUCAGAGCCAGGAAGCGAUUCCCUUCAGGUCUGGUCAUCAUCAGAGUCUGCUUCUGAUACAACAAGAGGAUGUUCUGACUCUGAGAGAAAAUAUUCUUCAACUUUAUCUCUUCCAAGAUAUACAACAUUCACUGGUAACGUACAAAAAUCUGUCCAGUUCAAAUGCAGCAUUUUAUCAUUUACUGGAAUGUCUGAACAACUAUACACAGGUUACUCGAGAGAAAUUCAGUUUGCCGUUCAGGUAUCUUAUGCUACACUCAAAGAUGGAACUGGUACAGUUACUGGACAACUACAAGUAAUAAGUGGUAUAAGUAAAACAUUGACAUGUGACACAAGCGAGAGUAGACCAGCAGCUACAAUAGUUUGGUAUAUUGGAACACAAGAAAAGCAAAGGUCUACAUCUUCCACUUUUUCAUUCAAUCCAAAGACUAUCGACCACAACAAAACAGUAUACUGUAAAGCAUUUAACAUACAACCAGAGAAUCAAGCUGUCGUUUCAUACAAAACAAUACUUUUUGUUCAAGAACGGACAAACGUAAAAUCGUUUUAUAUUGGACAGAAUGAAAGUCAAACGGUGGCGACAUUAGAGGAACAUGAUGUGAACAUUCCGCUUACUUGCAUUGUUACUGGAAUAUCUGCCAAAGACCUUUAUAUCAUAUUUAACCGGGACAUUAUUGCAAGACAGUCUAACACAAAUAGAUUAGAACACAAUAUUCAAGACAUAACAUGUACUACAGGCGGCAUUUAUAUCUGCAAUGCAGUUGAUAAUUUCGGUGCCUCAACAAAUAAAACUGUUACGGUGUUUGUAGAAUGUUCUCCACGACCAGUGCGACAAGUUCUUCACAAUAUAACAAGUGAAGUCGGUAAAUCCGUGACACUUUCAUUCAUGGUUAUAGCUUAUCCUAAACCUGGACCUAAAGGAUUUACAUGGUUCAUGGAAGAUCGGCUUAAUUGGAUUUCUUUACUGAGUAACGAAGAUCUUCAAAUUUCAUCAUCUGGAUUGGAGACAAAUUUAACAAUCUCAAAUGUAUCUCUUGAACAUUAUGGAAAAUAUCGUGUAACUACUGUUAACAGAAUUGGUGUAUAUGAUCAGAUAUUGUUCCUCUCAGAGAAAGGUUUCAGACCUGACACUUGCAAGUGUAAUAAGUGCAAUCAAGAGAAAAGCUCUUUUACAAUGUCAAUAGUUCUCGGGAUAGUAUGUGUCGUUCUGAUUGGCUAUGGUACUGGCACAUAA